AUGGGAAAUUGUUAACAGUGUAAUGAUUCUGUUCCAAAUAAGACCUAAGAGAUCUUGACUACAAAGACAACAAAGAGUAAAUAAAAAAAUGGAAAGAAGUUAAACAAAUAAGAAAUAAAAGGAGUGAUUAAAAUAUAAGCAAAUUUCAGAGGCUAUGUAACUCGAAAGUAUUAUCCUAUUUUAAAUUAGAAAAUUUUAAUUUAAAUUCUCUCGAUCAACAGCACAAAAACAUAGUUCUUCAAUCAUUAAUUAAAAAAGUUCACAUAAUGAUUUGGUUAUAGCUGAAACAUCAUAAAUCAAAUAGAAUACUCUCUAAAUACAAUAGACAGUGAAAAGAUUACCUCCAAGAAAAGAUUAAGAGCAAGAAACUAAAUAAAAAUAAUUUUGCAAUGCCGAUAUUACUAUAAAUAUAAAUAAGGAAGUCAAAGAUGAUGCUAGUUCUGUUUCAGAACUUAGUAGACCUACAAGCAAUCCAAUAGCAAUAUCUACAGAGAUGAAUGGAUUAUGUUUCAUACCGUUAUAAAAAAAAGAUCAAUAAUUAGUCUAAACAAAUUAACAAUAGAAAUUGCCUUGUAUUGAACUCUAAAAUGGAGCAUUUUAUGAAGGUUAAUGGAAAAAUGGAAUGAUUCAUGGUUUUGGUAAAUAUAUUUUAUCUGAAAAUUCAUUCUAUAUAGGAGAUUGGUAUGAAAAUAAACCAAAUGGAUCUGGUACAUUUUAACAUUCUAAUGGAGAUUUAUUUUUAGGUACUUGGAUUGAUGGAUAAGUAAAAGGGAAAGGAAAGUAUACAUUUUCUGAUGGUUCAUAUUAUGAUGGUGAAUGGAAAAAUGAUUUACCUAAUGGUUAAGGAAUAUAAAUAUAUGAUGGUGGUUGGAUUUAUGAGGGUAAAAUUUGAUCUGUAUUCCAAGGCUAGGAAGUUUUCAAGAUGGGUUUAAAAGUGGUUUUGGUAAAUUGAUAUAUCCUGAUGGAGCAAUAUAUGAAGGAAGAUUUGAAAAUGAUUUAAUGUCUGGAUUUGGAACUUUAACAUUUUGUGAUGGUAGAAUAUAUACAGGAGAAUGGAGAAAUGGUGUUAAAUAUGGUAAAGGAGUAUUCGAAUGGCCAGAUGGAAGAAAAUAUGAUGGUUAAUAUGUUAAUGAUUUGAGAGAAGGAUAUGGUGUAUUAGUAUGGCCUAAUGGUUAAAAGUAUUUGGGACUUUGGAAAGCAGGUCUUUAACAUGGAAAUGGAUAAAUCAUUAAAUCUAAUGGAACUACUUUUAGAGGUAAAUGGAUUAAGGGUAAAAUGGCAACAACAAAAUUAACAACUAAUACUCCAGCUAAAGUAGUUAAACUCACUAAUGAUUGAUAUUAUUUUCUAAAUUCUC